GUAUCACAAGGAUAAUUUCCCCCUGAGUUUAUCCCUAGUUUAUUAGGCAUCUAGGGCUAUAUAAAAUAUAAUUACGAACAAGAGAGAAAGAGAUGGCUUGCCGUGGAUCAGGCGACGGCGCGAAACUAUCGAAAGUAGAGGAAUUGGAGUUGAAAUGGAAAUUGGAAUCGGCAAGGCAGGAGCGCAAGCUUGAAAUCAUAGAGAUACACAGACAAGUCCAACAAUUGAACAAGGAAACCCAAUCGAAAUCGAAAUCGGAGAAGAGCAAGCUACGUAUUCAAAAAAUAGUCAGACAAGUCAAGAAAUUGUGCCGUGAUGAAUCUGUGAAUUAUCGACCUUCGCCCAAGCCCACCGAUUUAAGGAUCUCUAAGCACACCGUUUACCUAUACAUGUUCGGCAGGCCCAUGGCUAGGCUCAUCUACGACCGAGAUUUCACCGGCUAUAAUGAUCCCUCAGCCGUCCAAGGUUUCAUAGUUUAUGUUCAAAUUGCAAUCAACGCCUUCAACAAAACACACUCGAGUGAUUACAAGUUGGUGGAAGUGGUGAGACUAUUCAGGAGUCUACCCAUCGCUUACAAUUACUCAUUGUAUUUCGUCUUUACCGCCAAACUCAAUGAUGAUGCCAAAACUUUACAAGCAGUCCUCAGAUUUGCAACCGAGGAAAUUCAUGUUUUGUUAGUUGAUUUCGUCGAUCCAUGUUCGAUUCCACGCCUUGCUAUUUAGCUGCUGCUGCUGCCGGUAAUUCCAAAGUUAGAGAAGCUAUAGGCUUAUGGUAUUCAAUUUCGUGUUUUUCUUCAUGUUUAUUAAUGGAUUGUAAACUACCUUUAUUUUGUGCAUUUAGAAUCUCCUUUUUAUUUGCGAAAAAUAUCAUGGGCAGUGUGGAGCUAUGGUAAACGUAUAAUACAUUGCAUAGACAUCACCGAUUGAUUGUGCC